AUGCAUGAUUCAACACAAACGCCCCAGGCUCUGUUACAUCUAGUGGCAUCAUGGCAACCCGUCGAUCCACAAGACAAGCCACCAUAUUCCUAUGCAACUCUGAUUGCACACGCCAUUCUUUCCAGUACCAACCGGCGAUUGACACUAAGUGAGAUCUACAGCUGGAUUACUACCCACUACCCUUACUACUCAGCAGGAGAACAUGGUUGGCAGAAUUCAAUUCGUCACAAUCUUUCCUUGAACAAAGCGUUUGUGAAACUAGACCGGACUUCAUCAAAAACCACGUUGUGUGGCAAGGGUAGCUUUUGGACGAUCCAAUUAGGAAGCGAAAAACCUUUUAUCGAAAACCUUGUCAAGCGUCGU